AUGAUAAGUGGAAAGAUAAGGUUAUUAGGGAAAGGGUGUAAUACUGGGCUGAGGGAAGAACAAGCAGCAACAGUGGUCUUUGCUGCUUCGGGAACAGCCCGGAGAUUUGGGCUGACAGCAGCAGAAGGACUCCGGCUUUGCAUUGCACAGGGCGCUGCUCAACCCCUCCGAACGCAGCCGAGCUGGGCCGCCACUUCAACUAACAGCAGUGACCGCAGGGAGCGGGCGGUGCGCGGAGGCGGAUUGGCCCGCGAGGGGCGGGGAAGGAAAGCGAGGCGCGAGGAGCGGUCGCCCCGACGGUGCCACCUCCCCUCAUUCCCGCUCUGGUGGCGGCGGGACGCGGAUUGUAUUGAUGUGGGUUGGUGGGAAGGAGAACUGAAUGGCAAACGAGGAGUGUUUCCAGAUAACUUUGUCAAGCUUCUUCCUUCCGAUUUUGAAAAAGAGAGACCGAAGAAACCACCACCUCCAUCAGCUCCUGUUGUCAAACAAGGACUAGGUACCACAGAUCGAAAACAAGAAGUCAAAAAGGUGCCUCCUGAAAGGCCAGAGUGUCUUCCUAAUCGAACAGAAGAAAAAGAAAGAUCAGAGAGAGAGCAAAAACAGUUAGAGUUGCAGAAGCCUUCAGUUCCUGCUAUACCUCCGAAGAAACCACGGCCACCCAAAGCAAACCCUGUGAACAGACCUGGUACCUUGCCUCCGAGAAGGCCAGAAAGACCAGUUGUGCCUGCGACUCAUGCAAGGAGUGAUAGUCCAAAAGUGGAAUUAGUGGGGAGUUCGGUAUCCAGUGCACUGGAAAAAGACUCCUCUGAAAGAAGCAAUGACAUCGUGAUGCCUUUACUUUACUUUCCACACAUAUUUCAUCCAGCUUUUCCUAUUCUCAUCUCUUUGCCAUGGGUAAUUCUUCUUCAUUUCAUGAGGGUAAGGCCUUUUAUUUUCCAUUUCCUUCCUGUCCUGUGUUUGCUUUAGUUGACAGUGUGUAAC